AUUAUGGGCAUUAAUGAAACUUCACAAAUGUCUGCAACGGAUGAUGUUUUGCUACCCAACGGUUCCAAAUUAACCUUGGAAUUAUUUGCCGAUAUAUUUAAGUGUAUUGAACCGGAAGUGCAAAUCGAUACAUUUGAGGAAGAACAAGGAUCUGGUCGUGGUGAUAAUUAUACAGCUACCCUUUAUCGCAUCCAUUUGUCGGGACAUCGCAAAUGUUCGGACGAUGGCAAAAAGCUGAAAUGGGAAAAUAAUGUCAUAUGUAAACGUUUGCCGGAAAAUGCCAAACUUCGAGAGGCCUACAAAAGUGAUAAGUUGUUUAGGAAUGAAAUUGAAUUUUACACCUCCAUUAUGCCGGAACUUUUAAAAUUUCAAAGUACCAAAACAACGGAACAAUUUAAGGCCAUGCCGAAAUGUUAUUAUGCCCGUUCAGAUUUGCUAAUUAUGGAGGAUUUGAGGGUACGUGGUUUUCAAAUGCCCGAUCGAAAGCAAGGUCUAACUAUAGAUGAGACCCAUAUGGUAAUGAAACAAGUUGCCCAAUUACAUGCUUUGAGUUUGGCCUAUAAAUUUGAAAAUCCCAAACAGUUUGAAAAUUUACGCAAGCUAACGGAGGAGGGCUUGUUCUCCAGCGACAACGUUAAUUGGUAUAAAAAAUAUUAUGAGACAUUGACGAGUAAUGCCAUUAAAAUGGUCUCCGAUGUCUUGCCGGAAAACUCAAAAUAUUUACAAGCCUUUAAGGAGUUUGCCGAGGCGACAACAUUUUUCCAACGUAUGGUCAGCAUGGUUAGUGAAGAAUCGGCACUAUCGGCUUUUUGUCAUGGCGAUUGUUGGGCCAAUAAUUUUUUGUAUCGCUAUGAAGUUGCGGCAAGUGGUGAGAAAAAGGUUUUGGAGGUCUGUUUGGUAGAUUUCCAAUUAAUACGCUAUAGUUCAAUAGCCUUGGAUGUGGCCAAUUUAAUAUUCUGUUGUACCAGUAAAUCGAUGAGAGAUGUACAUUUGGAAGAGUUCCUCAAUUUGUAUACUAGUGAAUUAUUCAAGUGGUUGCAAUUGCUGUGUACGAAAAUACCAGAAUUCUGUAAUAACUUGGAGAAAUUAAACAAAUUAUUCCGUUUAGAAUUAAAAACUUAUGGCCGUUUUGCAUUGGGCCUAUCUCUGGAUAUAAUACCAAUUAGUACAUGUUCCUCUGAGGAUGCUCCCGAUAUGUAUAUAAAUCGUUCGAACAGCGAUACCAUGGAGUGUCAAUACGGGGCACCCGAACUUAAUUUUCCACCCAACGAUUUGUGUCGCCAAAAAAUGUCAGAAAUAUUAAUUGAUAUGGUUGAUAAUGGCAUGCUAUAAAAAA